CAGGAGGGGGUGAUGCAUGUGACACACGUGUAGGGUCACCCCUGGGCUGGGGUCCCUCCGGAAGGCUGACCGGAAGAGGAGGAGGGCCACGGGCAGGCCGCCAGGAGCAGGUCUGUGCGAUGAGCCGCCCAGGGCUCGGCCUGCACCGGCUUCCUCCCACCUUGGGGCCUCCGUUCUUGGUCACCUCUGCCUGAGGGCGGCGCGGCCCCCCAGCAGCCCCCACAGGGCCAGAAGUGAUCUUGCAGCUGUAGGGACUUCAGCGUGGCUGCUGGAGGACCACUGGCUUCCUGGCGGACUUUUAUCUCUUUGGGUUGUAGAUGGGGAGCAGCCUUACGGUGACACAGUGGCAGGGCCGGGGCCAGCGGGGACUUCUAACAGAGGCGAGCGUGGUCCGGGCCCCACCACGCCCUGAGGCUCUGGCCAGGCAUUUCUUCCUCACGGCAGCCCAGGGGGUGGGGGGCAGGCACACUCGUGACCCCCUUUCAGAGACGGGAAACAGAAGUUGGAGGACACGUGUCUUAGACACACGAAUACGUGGCAUUCCGACGCCAGGCCUGGGGUAGUUGGGCAUCCCAGGUCGUGUGACUGGUGUCCCUCCCCGUCUCUGCCAGCACUUGCUGAGACGCUGGUAACUCCUGGUGGGCACGGCCCCUUCGCGCCCCAGCCCUGCCCAGACCCGGCUCUUUGUGGGGAGGCUGCAUGGAGAGAGGGAGCAGCUAUCGGGUGGGGAGCUCUGUGCCCGCCCGCAGGGGACUUGGCCUCUAUGAGCCUCUGUCUCCCCAUCUGGGACGCGUGGGGGGCCAGUCCACAUUCCCAGGACAGGUAGAGCCAAUGAAGACAGACAGGCAUCGGGAGCUUCGUGGCUGCUGCCCGAUCCGUGAUGGGAGUGGCAGCGUGGGUCCAGCCGUCCUCUCUGCCCUGAGAACCACAGCAGCAGCAUCCACAACGGGGUCAUUGCCGUCUUCCAGCGCAAGGGGCUGCCCGACCAGGAGCUUUUCAGCCUCAACGAAGGCGUCCGGCAGCUGCUGAAGACGGAGCUGGGGUCCUUCUUCACAGAGUAUCUGCAGAACCAGCUGCUGACGAAAGGCAUGGUGAUCCUGCGGGACAAGAUCCGCUUCUAUGAGGGACAGAAACUGUUGGACUCGCUGGCGGAGACGUGGGACUUUUUCUUCAGCGACGUGCUCCCCACACUGCAGGCCAUCUUCUACCCGGUGCAGGGCAAGGAGCCGUCCGUGCGCCAGCUGGCCCUGCUGCACUUCCGGAACACCAUCACCCUCAGCGUGAAGCUGGAGGGGGCGCUGGCCCGCACCCACGCCCGCGUGCCCCCCGCCGUCGUGCAGAUGCUGCUGGUGUUGCAGGGGGUGCAUGAGUCCCGGGGUGUGACCAAGGACUACCUGUGUCUGGAGACGCUGAUCCAGAAGGUGGUGUCGCCCUACCUGGGCACCUACGGCCUCCACUCCAGCGAGGGCCCCUUCACACACUCCUGCAUGCUGGAGAAGCACCUCCAGCGUCGCUCCCGCUCAGGGGACGUCCUGGCCAAGAACCCGGUAGUGCGCUCCAAGAGCUACAACACCCCGCUCCUGAACCCCGUGGCAGAGCACGAGGCCGAGGGCGCGGCUGCUGGCGGCCCGGGCAUCCGCAGGCACUCGGUCUCCGAGAUGACGUCCUUCCCCGAGCCCCAGGGCUCCUCCGACACGCCUGGCCAGGGCACCACCGCGGCCUUCGGACACUCUCCGGUCCCCCCGUCGGGGCCCUGCCCCAGCAGACUGUAUCCCCCCGCCCGGCCCCCUGAGCCCUGCCCAGACCCAGCCCUCGGCUCCCCUCCCUCCUCCAGCCCGGAGAACCUGGUGGACCAGAUCCUGGAGUCCGUGGACUCGGAUUCCGAAGGGAUCUUCAUUGACUUUGGCCGGGGUCGGAGCUCUGGCACGGCUGAGCUCGAGGGGACCGGGGACCGGCAGAGCGUCGUGUGAGGGCCUCGCGUCUUCACCGACCCCGUGUGCGUGUGCCUGUGGGGUGCGUGCGUGCGAGAGGGUUUUUUUUUUUUUACUCUGUCCCGUCCCAUCCCGUCCGCCACGGUCCCCGGCCCUUCUGCCAUUCCUGAGUCUUUGCUGGAAAAACCGUCACCGCCCCGGCCCCCGGCCCCACCCCAUGCUGGGUCGCACGGGCCUCCAGGGGCACUGGUCAGCCACGUGUGCGCGGAACACACACGGCCACUCUGGCCCUCCGGCGUCCCCAUCCGCAGAGACUGUGAAUCCUGUGGCUCAGCCAGGCUUCCGGAAUGACUCCCAGAGCAACGGGGGGGUCGGUGGCAGACCCCCCUCCCCCUUCCCCUCACCUCAGGCCACGACGUGAGCUCCUUGUGCCAGCCUGUCCCAGACCCUCCCAGCAGGGCGGCCGCGGGCAGGAAGAGGAUAGAAUAAAACCUGUCUGCCCCCA